CAGGAAGACCAGGAAAGUUGUGGUUCCAGUUCAACAAACCGCAGUACCACGGAAAGCAUGAAAUCAGCAGUAAAACCACGACGAGUUCAGCAAUCUGCUUGUCCUGACCCCGAUUUACCUCCAGGUUAUGUUCAGAGUUUGAUUAGGCGUGUUGUAAACAAUGUCAACAUUGUGAUCAACAAUCUCAUAUUAAAAUAUGUGGAGGAUGAUAUUGUUCUCUCAGUUAAUAUCACUUCUGCAGAAUGCUAUACAGUGGAUGAGUUUUGGGAUCGAGCAUUUAUGGACAUCUCUGCCACCGAUUUGGUACUGAGAAAGAUGAUCAACUUUUCUGACUGCACAGUAUGUCUCGAUAAGAGAAAUGCUAGUGGUAAAAUUGAAUUUUACCAGGAACCUCUGCUGUACAAAUGUUCCUUCAGGACUCGCCUGCAUUUUACUUAUGAUAACCUCAACUCCAAAAUGCCAUCUAUUAUUAAAAUUCACACGUUAGUUGAAAGUUUGAAACUUUCAAUCUCUGAUCAGCAGCUUCCUAUGUUUAUACGUAUAAUGCAACUUGGGAUUGCUCUUUAUUAUGGAGAAAUAGGCAACUUCAAAGAUGGGGAAAGUGAAGAUUUGAUCUCCCACACUAAAGAUAUGCUGGGAAAUACCACAGGCACAGAAGAUGAAACAAGCUCAGUAAUGCAAUAUCCAACACAGUAUAUUAAUCAAGAUCCUUAUACGCAUCAAGACGAUGACCAGCAACAAGGAUGGGUUUCUUGGGCUUGGUCUUUUGUUCCUGCUAUUGUGAGUUACGAUGAUGAAGAGAAUGAUUCUAGUGGAAUGGAUGAUGGAACGGCGCUACAUCAGCAGAAAUCUCAAUCCCUCAAGGAUCCUAUUAUUUCAAUUGGGUUUUACUGUACAAAGGCAACAGUGACUUUUAAGCUCACUGAAAUGCAAGCUGAAAGUAGUUAUUACAGCCCUCAGAAAGUAAAAUCCAAGGAAGUUAUAUGCUGGGAACAAGAAGGAACCACAGUUGAGGUCCUUAUGAAAGGUGAACUUUUCUUUGAUUGCCAGAUAGGUUUUGUUGGUUGCCAGGCUAUGUGCCUUAAAGGAAUUAUGGGAAUUAAAGACUUUGAAGAGAACAUGAAUAGGAGUGAUGAA